AAAGUGAUUAAAGUAAUGACGUCAUCAACUCAUGACCCAUUCCAGGCUCUAAAGUUGUUCUGCUGUUGUAGACUUGUAGUUCGCCCAGUUCGCUCAGGUCUCUCCAACAAUUCGAACACUAUGUCCAACACGAUUGUACGCCGUAUUAUUCAAUCUUCAUUUGCUCCAGCAGCUAUCGGACCUUACAGUCAAGCUGUUCUUGUUGAUAAGACUUUGUACAUAUCUGGACAAUUGGGACUGGAUACUCAAACAGGAUCACUAGUACCUGGAGGGGUUGAAGCUGAAGCGAAGAAAGCUUUGGACAAUAUGGGUCACAUUUUAGAAGCAGCUGGAAUUUCUUAUAAAAAUGUGGUCAAGACUACUGUCUUACUUGCUGAUAUUGGUGACUUCGGUAAGGUCAAUGAAAUUUACCGCCAAUAUUUCACAGAAAAUUUCCCUGCUCGAGCUGCGUACCAGGUUGCUGCUUUGCCAAGGGCUGGCAGAGUAGAAAUUGAAGCUGUUGCUGUUGUUGGCACAAUUGAAGAACAAUGACUAGAAAUGGCUAAAUUGUAAGAGAUUUCUAGUUUUCUACAAUUGUAUGGUUAUUUGUUAUAGAAAUGAAGGGAAUAUAAAGGUUCUAUAUUA